AAUCAUCCUUCUCUCAGUUGCUUACAGACAUUCUUCGUUAACAUGUGGUCCAGAAUUGCUGUUCUAGUUGCUGUUACAGCUAGCUGCCACGCUGGUCUGCUUGGAGCAGGAUUUGGAGAAGGAAGCUGUGCAGCUGCUCCUUUCAGGUCUGCUGCUGUAAAAUGGCCGCUAGGAUGUCCCGCGCAUGCGUCUUGCUGUACAGAGUAUGGAUAUUGCAGGGGAGAGGAUGAGUGGCGUGUUGGUGCUUUCAGAGACUGCAAUGGAGUAAGCAAUGGUCUUCCUCUAGCCCCAGAGGCUAUUGAGGCUGAGGCAGCUGCAGCUGCUGCUGGAGACAAUUCUGCUGCUAACCUUAUCGUAGUUCCAGCUGGAGCUGAUACUGCUGGCCUUGCCACUGUUGGAUAUGCAGCCGCUGCUCCUACUGCCGCUCUAUCAUACGCACCCGCUGUAGCUUCUUAUGCCCCUGCAUCUGUAGCUCUUCCUUUAACUGCUUCAUAUCAGCCUAGUGCAGGAUAUGCUGCUUCUCCAGCAUACCAAGCUGCUGCUCCGGCCUCCUAUGCAGCUAUUCCUGCUGCUUAUGCUGCUGCUCCCUAUGCCUACGCCACUGUUCCUGCUACUUAUGCUGCUGUUCCUGCCGCAUACCCUGCUUCUUCCACCCACACUCUUCCUGGCCUUCACUCUUCAGUAGUAGCUGCUCAUGGUUCCACUCAAUAUAAUGCUGCUCAUCAUUACUAACAAUGCAGUUAUUUGAAGCUGCUAACCUGCCAAACUAUCUGAUAUGUAUAAUGUAUAUUUUUGAAAUAUUCAAUUCAAAUAAAUUUUUAAGUCUA